AUGGCGCUCAAUUUCUCGGGCGACGACUACGGCAGCUUCAAGGGCCGUCUGGGCCGCGGCUGCUCGUGGACGCGCGAGGAGACCCUGCUCCUGCUCGAUCUCUACGAGAAAGAGCGGCUCAACGACGAACGUGCCGACUACCCGCCGCACAAUACGCCCAAGUACCAGAAGGUGCACCAGGCCAUCUCGGGCUUCCUGGGCGCACACGGCUACAGCAGGACGCCCAUGCAAGUGCGCGAACGGCUCAAGCGGCUCAAGCGCGACUUCCGAGAGAACCGCCACGGCGAGUUCACCGACCGCGUCGGCACCAUCCUGGCGAAACGCGCCGCGCUCGGGGCGCCGGCGUCGCCUCCUAACGGCUCUGUGGCCGUCGCCACCGUUGCCGGCCCGCAUAGUUCGCCCGAGCACUCGCUCGAAGCGUGCUGCCCCGCCGUGCUGGUCAAAACGGAGCUGGGCGAGCAGUUGCAGUCGUCGCAAGGUAGCACGCUUCGCAAUCCCCGCGCAGAUUGGCAGCCACUGCCUGUAGUGCGAGCGCCCGAGCCAAGGGUCGAAAAACAACGUCCACCCGCGGAGGAGCCCGCCGAACGACCCGUUGUCGCAGCGUCUAGUAACGGCGGCCCUCGCGCCCGUAGAACCCUUCAGCAGCGGGUGGUGCGCCUCCUGGGACAGCUUCUCGCAGAGAGUCGACGUCAGACACAGGCCGCCGAGGCCUUUCAGCAGCAGCUACUCUACCAGAUGCACCUCAUCUCCUGCUCCCUCCAGGUCCUGGCUGCAGGCAGCCCCCAGGGCCCGCUGAAGCGUGAUGAUGCCAGCUGACCGUCCACCAACGUGACUGACUGCAUACAGGGUUCUCAGCUGCUACCCUCAAAAAGAAGUGUACGGAAAUGCGGCCAGGCACAUUUAGUGGCUGUAGGUCCUUACUUCGCCCAUGACUUAACGGAACUGUAAUUGGACUUGAUAAAACUGUGCACUGCGAGGCAAGAUGCGAGCAAAGAGGAUAGUGUAUUAUGUGCAACAGGCUACAAGUAGUCGUCUAUCCUUCAUACUUGCAGUCCCUCGUAGAGCACCAGUCGCACUUCCACAAAAAUUCUUCUGUGGUGCUUUCUAAGUGUGCAUAUUCUUCACAGUUCUGCUUGGAAUGCAGUUGUCACUUUUCAGUAACUGCAUUUCACGCUUAACUUGAGGGAAUGAUAAAUCACGAGCCAUUACAAGACUUUGAGGUGAGGUUGUUGCUGUUCUGUGGUCUAUUAUGGAUAUAUAUUUUUCUUACGGUUAAAUGCUUGGAACUGUAUGGAGGCAGAAAUCACUUCUUUCCAACUUUUGGGAGAUGUAAAGUCCAUUGUGUAUAACAGCGCCUUGAAGAGAAAUGUUAUUUAUGGUCAAAUGGUUGGCAAGACUAAUAUUAUAUAUGCCUACUAUGUAUACACUAUAUUUAUUGAGGGGCAAUACUAAGAGAUGCAGUGCAUAUUCACAAAUCUGUGGUGUAUUUUUAUUGCGAUUUCUUGAGCAACCAAAGGAAUAAUUGCAGUGCAAUUGGAGAAAUAAAGCAAGUCUUUACACAUA